AUGCCGAUAGGAGUCGAGCUCUCGGGAGACAGCCACUACGGCGUCAAAGUUUGGGUAACGGGACUGCUGAAUCCACGGUCCAUUGGAGCCUACUGCCACGAUCUCGCCAGCCAGGCGCACCAUGUACACUCGGUCGGUGGGGUGCCCGAUGGGAGACUGGCCGGCUGGACACGAGAUGAGGCAACUGGUGCUUCUGAGGCCCGGUGA